UCCUUUCGACGGAGCAACCGCGCCAGGAUCUACUGAUCGUAUGAAGACAUACAAAAUCACCGCCCGCAGUUUGUGUAGACACAACGCAACGAAUGAACCCCGUAUUUACUAGCUAAACGCGCACUGGAAAAACAGAUAGCUAGCAUUCAAUGUAGCUUGCAGGUAAAUAUUUUGCGAAAUAUUUAAUAACCCAGGUUUGGCAUGGCGGAGGGAAGCGGCAACGCAGGUGUCGGUCCAGCCAACCUCCCUCCAGGAGACCCGCAGCUUAUCGGCAUGAUUGUGGAGCAUCUGAAGAACCGGGGACUGUUCGACGAGUUCCGUCGGGACUGUCUGGCCGACGUUGACACAAAGCCUGCCUACCAAAACCUGCGACAGAAAGUUGACAACUUUGUCAGGUCCCAGCUGAGCACACAGGACUGGAACCCGUCUAUCAACAAGAACCAGAUGAGGAACGUCCUGAGGCAAAGUGUCGUCCAAUCUGGCAUGCUGGAAUCUGGUGUAGACAGAAUUAUCACUCAGGUCGUGGACCCAAAGAUGAACCACACUUUCAGGCCGCACAUAGAAACAGCAAUCCAUGACUUCCUUUCAGGAGAAAAAAAAGAGGAGACCCCCAUGAGCUCUAACACUGCACUGUCUGAACUGACAGAACCACAGGAGGCCCUUUGUGCUUCGGGCCCCAAAACCCCCGUGCUGUCCAUGGAUCUGCAUGAUGUCCAAGAGAAACAAGUUAGCCAGGCCAAGAGACGGCUUUCUCUGCAGAGCACAGCUGAUAUUCAGAGUUGCCUGGUGAGUUCAGGGGAUGUUGGCUGUGGGACAUUUCAGUGCUUCAGCAACAACUCCUGUGAAAUACAAGGGCUGCACCACAUCUGCCUCACUUUGCUGCACAACGCUGGGCGCUACAACUCCCAGGGAAAGUCAUUUGUGAAGGAUGCGUUGCGAUGCAUGGCGCUGGGCCUGCGGCAGCGCUUCAGCUGUGUAAGCCGCCGGUGCUCAGCUAUUAAAGAGAUGGUGUACUCUCUGCAGAGAGAGUGCUACUCCAAACACCAGCUGUGCCUCGCACUGUGGGACCACAUGGACACCAUGGGAACCCUGGUCCAGUUCAACCUGAUGUUUCCCCCAGGACCGUAUGUGGAGCUGAUGAACUUCCUGUUGAGCUGUGGUGACGAGGUCAGGUCAUGGGUUGGUCAGCGGCUGCGCAAGCAGUGCGAGCAACACUGGGGGGCGCUGUGCAGCAGCUUCAGCAGCACCUGCUCUCUGAGCCAAUCAGACGCUCCAGAGCUCACCACAACCAGUCCACCACUAACCACUGCGCCUUGGCCUAUCACUGCUCAAGGACCCCUUCAGGAGCCAACCACAGCAGCCAAAAACGAGGACAAGAGUCUAGCUGGAAUAGCAAGAGAAUCUGAUCUCCCUGUGUCUGCAACAUCUGAAGUCAGCACAUCGUAAACAGAAAAGAGGUGCAGACAGGGUUCACAGAGAAGUUCAUGCACUUAUUACUAUUAUAUAAGCCGAGUCAAAGCAGAGGAAGUCAAUAAAGUGAAAGCAAUAGAUCAUAACUUAUUAAAUAUCUGUGCUAUAUUAAAUAGAAAAAUGAUGAUCUACCUCACUCUAGUAUCACAGUAAGUUUGCAUC